AUGGAGACUGGUACUGCGGACAUAUUUGACGUACUUUACAUGAGAAUGAUUCGCUUCUCCCUCAAUACCAUUGCCCAGUGGCCAUACACCUUCGGGCCAAAAACCUUGCGCACACGCAUACAGGCCCUGUAUCAUUACGUAAUGAUCACGGUUAGCACGUAUCUGGAGAUAUCGUGCGUGUUUUACGUGCGCAAGAACACGGAUAAGGAGUUCAUUGUUUUGGGACACGAUUAUUUUACUAUUUUGAUGGGUGUUGUUAUUAUUCAAAGAAUGACACUUUCAUUCCAAAAGAGGUACUGUGUGCUGGUGAAAAACUUUGUUACAAAGUUUCAUUUGAUGAACCACCAACAUAAAUCAGAAUUUACUGCUAUGGAGCUCCGCCGAAUAACUAAAUUCUGCAACAUAGCAGCAGUCAUAAUCCACAGUCAAAUAUUCUUCUCCAUGAUGUUUUUCAACAUGGUUCCUCUCUGGAAAAACAUCCACGCGGGCAUGUUUUCUGACCACAGACCAGAAAACGGCACGUUCGUACACUCUGGCAAUUACUUAUCCUUUGUAGACCAGUACUCAGAUACUAGAGGCUACUUUCUGGUAUUUUUUUUAAAUUUCUACCCAUCUUAUAACGCUGCUGUUACAUUUCUGUGCAUGGAUCUACUCAUAUUUAUAAUGGUGUUUCAUAUCGCGGGGCAUUUGAAUAUUUUGGUGCAUGACUUGAGAAACUUUCCAAGGCCUAAUGAAAUGGAACAGUGUUUGGAAACGGGUUCCAAGAAAUAUAAUGAAGAAGUGUUUGUACUGUUGAAGGAUUUGAUUGAUCGAGAUCAAGCUAUAAAAAAGUUCAUGAUUGAAAUAUCGGAAACGUUUGGCAUUAGUUUGUGCAUCUACCUCGCAUUUCAUCAGGUCACUGGGUGUGUCUUGCUACUUGAAUGUUCUCAAAUGACGCCAGAGGCUCUCGGAAAUUAUGGAUUUUUGACAUUGAUGAUGUUUCAGCAGCUGAUUCAGACGUCAGUGAUAUUUGAGUUUAUCAGCUCAAAGAGUGACACCCUUGCCGACGAAGUAUACUCCUUACCCUGGGAGCUCAUGGAUGUGAGGAACAGGAAGGCAGUCCUGUUGUUCCUGAGGAAUGUGCAGCCUCCGAGAGCGCUGAAGGCCGGUGGGGUGGUCUCCGUGGGUGUGCUUACUAUGUCUACGAUUAUCAAAACGUCUUGUUCGUAUUUCCUCAUGCUGAAAACGUUAACAGUAGAAGAAUAA